CCUGCAGACGGUGGCAGCGGGUUGGGUUCCCACCAGAGAAAGCGGACCACCUUCAGCAAAGGGCAGCUGCUGGAGCUGGAGAGGGCGUUCGCAGCAUGGCCCUACCCCAACAUCAGCACCCGUGAGCACCUGGCCUGGGUCACUCGCCUUCCUGAGGCCAAGAUACAGGUGUGGUUCCAGAAGCGCCGGGCCGAAAUAAUAAAGAACAGGAAGUCAGGAAGUCUAAGCCCCAGGUCUGAGUCCCCCCAGAGCUCCUGCUCUCUUUGAGACACCCUCCAGCAGCCCUGGGAUUCCCAAAUGCCAGGCCAACCUCCACCCUCCAGCGGCACACCUCAGCGCCCUCAGCGUACCUCAGCGUGUCGACAUAGCUCCUGUCCAGCUCCCGGCUUGGGUCCAGGGCAGGGUUGGGAAGGAGCUAAAGCUGUAGCCCCAUGGGGACCAGCUGGGGCUUCAGAGGUCCACCCUUCUUUAGAGUGAGCUACUCCCCAGACUUCACUAGGCAGCCUGUCUGACCUCAUCUAUGCCUUGGCCAUUGUUAUCAAUGUGGACCACUCCUAGUCUUGGUCCAGAACUUGCAAGACCCUUCCUCUGACUCCUGUGGCCCACCCUGCCCCUCCUGGGAUUGAACACAACA